AUGGACAUCGAUAUGAGUAGGAGGAAUAAGAAGCCCCGCCUUCUGCUGGAAUCUGAACGAGAAAGGCUCGAGGAAUUCAUCGACUCUAUCCACUACUCCGCGAGAUAUUCUGAUGAUCAAUUUGAAUACCGUCAUGUUCAGCUCCCCAAAAACAUGCUCAAAAAAAUCCCGGCCGACUACUUUGAUAGCUCGAAGGGAACCCUUAAACUACUUUGGGAAGAGGAGUGGAGGGCCCUGGGUAUUACACAGAGCCUGGGUUGGGAGCACUACGAGGUUCAUGAGCCGGAACCGCAUAUUCUGCUAUUCAAGCGUCCCCUCAACUACCAGCCACCAAUGUCACAGUAA